AUGGCAUCACAAUACGACGAGAUCGGCCUCUCGUACGAAUCCCUCAAAGCCCUGCCCGCGGCUCUGGUCGAACGAGCCAACCUCCGCGCGGUGAUGACGCCGCUGUUGCAAAAACGUGGACCGACAACACGUCCCGACGACAAUGACGGGGUGAGCGUUCUCGACCUCGCGUGUGGGACAGGGUACUACUCCCGCCUCGUCCUGACGUGGGGUGCGUCACGGGUAGUCGGCGUCGACAUUUCGCCGGCGAUGAUUGAAGCAGCUCGAUCACUUGUCCAGUCCGAGGAGUGCUCCGACUCCGGCCCUGACAAGUCAAGGCUGACCUUCGAAGUCGGCGAUUGCACGCGUCCACUUACUUUAACUUCCUCUCCGGCGCGGGAACUCACACAGCAGCACUUCGACGUCGUCCUCGGUGCAUGGCUGCUCAACUACGCCUCGUGUCCGGCCGACCUCGUCGCGAUGUUCACAAACGUGUCCUCUCAUCUCAACCCAGGAGGUCGCUUUGUAGGCAUAGUGCCGUACCCGGCACCCGAUCUCGACGCGUUCGCCGAGCUGUUCGACCCUCUGCUGGAAUCGGAUCGCAACCAGGGAGGGAAGUACGGCGUCACAGUGUCGUACGCGAGCAGAUUGCCCGGGGGAUCCGGCUACCGCACGAAAGUCACGGCGCACGUGAAGCCACGGGAGUUUUCGUUUGAGAGCUUCCACCUCGGACGAGACGUGUACGAGGUUGCGGCGAGGGACGGGGGGCUACUCGGAGCCUUGGAGUGGGUGGACGUGCAACUGCCGCGGACAGAAGAGGAGAGUCGGAACGAGUACGGUGUCGACCUGGAGUUUUGGGAUGGAUAUCUUGACGCGCCGCAUUUUGGGAUCUUGGUCGUUGAAAAGUAG